AUGUUCGGCAUCCAAUUUGACGCCGCCGGAAUCUACCUCGUCGGCACCCCAACCCACCAAUUCCACAUCUCAUUCGAAGAACUCAUGUCCUCAACGGGGGGCAUCAUCGCCCUCCUAGAAUACGGCCUCACAUGUAAGGUCAUCCAUGCCGUCCUCAGCCGGAUCCGCCAUCGGGUCUGGCAUCAGGCACGGAGAAAUCAUACCCUCGACGAGCCGGCGACAAUAUGGAUCGAUAAUUCGGGACCUGCGACUUAUGAAGUUCGGCAUGGACUCGAAUCGAUCAGGGUGACUCCGCAGGAGUUGGAGUCGUCGCGGUUUGGAAUGGCAAUCAAAAAGAAUUGGGAUGAGGGUAUGGCGGAACCAAGCAAUGCUUCGGCGGAUAAGGGCGAGGAUGAGGAGAAUCAGAGGGCCUUGAGAAUCAUGAUGAUUUCAGGUCUGGCUCCUUCUAGUGAGGCAGAUGCGCGUGCAAAUGAUGGCUCGAUGGAAUCGAUUGUAUACAGAGCGGUUCUUUGUGGAUGGAAAACGCGCGCAGCAAUCUUGACCACCGGCAUGUCAUUGUCCAGGAAUCAAACAAAUUAG